AUGAAGCGAAGCGCCAAGACCAUAGCACGGACGAUAAAUCUUUCGCAGCCAAAGAGUUGCGAGAGACCGUCACCUGUGAGAAAAUUGGUUAGUGCCGAUAUCGCUGAGCCUUGUCCCACUCUUGGAAAUUCAUACCAAACUCCGAGGCCCGUCACCGUCAGAAUAUGCACGCGAAAACAGUUGGAGAGAACUUGUCCACCGAAGCUGUGCGAUUGUCCACCGAAAGAUGAAACUCCGGCGGGACGAAAGAUAAUUGGAACUUGGGCAAAAUUAUUGUCAAAGGGCGCAAUAGCAGGCGGCCUCGUAUAUUGGACAUCAGCCGAGGGCGUUUGGGGCGACAGCACAGAAACGGAGGAUCUUUACUACCGCAUCGUGGCAACGGUCGCUCCCGUGCUUCCGGAACUCCCGGAUCUCCAAGAGAUGAAGCUGCCGCAUUUGGAGAGCGUGAAGCACACGAUUUACGAAGCUUACAACCAUUUCGUGUGCAGCGCGAUCGGCGGACUGGUCGAAAUCCCAUCGGCGAUAAAAGACAAAGUAAUGAACGCGCUCUUCCCUUGCGACAAUUCGGACGAAGAUAAACUCCAAGACUCUGCUGAAAUUAACGAGAAUUCUUGA